AUGGCACCGUAUUUCGGCCUUCGAGGCCCUUCGCUCAAUAGGGCUAUUAUGUGGUUGGUCGUGUGUCCAGCCUUUGUCACUUAUGGAUACAAUCAAGGUGUGAUGGGGGGUCUGUUGACUCUGGAGUCUUUCGCUGAGACGUUCCCACAAAUGAACACCCUCACUGCAUCCGAGGAAGAGAAGACCUACAAUUCGACUAUUCAAGUCGGUGGAAUAUUCGGUUCACUAUCAUGCAUUCAGUUCGGUGACAAGCUCGGCCGCAGGAAGGUCAUCCUAUUCACCUCCUUCAUCUCGAUGAUUGGCGCUAUCUUGAUGGCAACAUCCUUCUCCCUUCCACAGUUCAUCGUUGCACGAAUAAUCCUCGGAUAUGGCACUGGCGGUUACGUCGCUACAGUUCCCGUCUGGCAGGCCGAGAUCUCCAAGCCCGACAAGCGUGGCGCGCACGUAGUGACAGACGGUAUCUUCAUCGGCGGCGGUAUCGCCUUCUCACUCUGGGUCGACUUCGGGUUCUUCUUCGUCAAGGCCAAUUCCGUUUCCUGGCGUUUCCCUUUGGCUUUCCAAGUCCUUCUCUCACUAAUGGUCAUGGGAUUCGUGAUGCUCUUCCCCGAAUCACCACGUUGGCUGGUUAAACAAGGCCGCAACGAAGAGGCGCGGGAGGUCAUGGCGCUGCUGGACGACGUCGAUCCUCAAGCUGAGAAAAUCACCCUCGAGAUACGCGAUAUCGAGACCUCCCUGGCCCUGUCCGGAUCAGGUUCGUGGAAGGAUAUGCUCACAAUGGGCGAACAGAGACUGUUCCAUCGCACUGUUCUCGCAUGUAUGGGUCAGAUGUUCCAGCAGAUGUGUGGAAUCAAUCUGAUCACGAUCUAUGCGACGACCAUCUUCGAGCAAUAUCUGAAACUCAAUCCAAUCCAGUCUCGUAUCCUCGCUGCUGCUAUGUGUCUAGCACAGCCUCUUGGCGGCCUACUGGCCUAUUACACUAUUGAUCGUCUCGGUCGCCGCGUGCUCAUGCUGUGGAGUGCGGCCGGCAUGGCUGUCUCGAUGGCAAUCCUAGCAGGUACCACCUCUGUUCAUGAUAACACAGGCAGCUUGGUCUGUGCCGUGGUGUUCCUUUUCGUCUUCGUGUUCAUUUUCACAGUCGGAUACUCCGGCUUGACAUUCCUAUAUGCCACAGAGGUCGCUCCCCUCCAAUGCCGAGCAUCUAUCAACGCCGUCUCCGCUGCAGCCGUGUGGACGUUCAACUUCCUCCUCGCUGAGGUGACGCCCAUUGGCUUCGCUACCAUCGACUGGCAAUACUAUAUUAUCUUUGCCGUGCUGAACGCCACCAUCGUGCCCACUGUCUACUUCCUCUUCCCGGAGACUAAUGGCCGCACGCUGGAGGAGAUUGAUGAAAUAUUCUUGCAAUCGCGGAGUAUCUUCGAUCCGCCCCGUAUUGCUCGCUCACUCCCCCGCAUGCACGUUGCCGAGGCUCAUAACAUCGAUGCCAAGGAGGUUGAAAGUAGCGAUGAUGCCAUGGCUGAGAAGCCCAAGGUAUAA